UGUCCUGGGACCUGUUGAUCGCAGGUGUCACUGCCUUGACUGGCCCUUGGGUGUUGGGGCGUGUGCGCAUGCUCCGUGCGCAGGGUCGAGCUCUGGGCAGCGAGACCAGACGCCUCUGCUUCAGUUCCCGGUAAACCUCGGCUGCGGUGGCAGCUGUUGGAGUGUCAGACGGGUGUUGGCGCGAGGUAGAGCCGGGCCAGCGGGAGGUAGUCCGGUGGAAGUGGAAGGCCCGUAUUUCUUUAUCUGGAACACACUCUCCCUCUCGUUAGGAAGGCAGAGCUCAAGAUUUGCUUUGAGGUCACAUUGAUAAGAAAUAUGGAGCCACCUUUGAUAACUUCACUUGUGAAAGAGAGAGUCUUCUUUUUUACUAAAAAAACAUAAGGAAAACAAAUGACCAAAGGAAUCAUGCCAGAUGGGAACUCAACAUCUUUUUCUAUCAUCUGUUUUUUAAACCAUGAAGAUAAAUGGCUUGUGCUUUAAAGAAUAUUAUUUGUUCAUCGACAUUGUUUUUAGCAGUUUAAAAAAAAUCCAUUUUUACCUUAACUAUACAACUCUCUUAUAAAAUUUAAUGCAUAUAAAAAUCUUUAAGAUUUCUUUUUUUAGAACUUCAGUGUUUAUAUACCCUAUUUUUGCUUGACAAAGUCAUCAGAAAUAUACAGCAUCAGGAAAGAUAUGGUACUUGGAAACUUAUGUUACUGUAAUUGACUACAGUGAAUUUAAGUGGACAAUUCAAGACAUCAUCCCAUUUAUCAUCAGAAAUAUCACAUAAACAUAUAAUUCUUGGCUUUAAUGUAAACAAUUUUCUUGAAAAUGGCAUGGGUAAAAUUCUUACGGAAACCUAGUGGCAAUCUUGGAAAAGUUUAUCAACCUGGAAGUAUGCUCUCCCUUGCCCCUACCAAAGGCUUGUUAAAUGAACCAGGACAAAACAGCUGCUUUCUUAAUAGUGCUGUACAGGUUUUAUGGCAAUUGGAUAUAUUCCGAAGAAGCUUGCGGGUUCUAACUGGACAUGUUUGUCAGGGAGAUGCCUGCAUAUUUUGUGCAUUGAAGAAUAUAUUUGCGCAGUUUCAACACAGUCGAGAAAAAGCACUUCCCUCGGAUAACAUAAGGCACGCUCUAGCAGAGAGCUUCAAAGAUGAGCAGCGAUUUCAGUUGGGCCUUAUGGAUGAUGCUGCAGAGUGCUUUGAAAAUAUAUUGGAGAGGAUUCAUUUCCAUAUAGUGCCAAGCAGAGAUGCAGACAUGUGUACCUCUAAAUCUUGUAUCACUCACCAGAAGUUUGCUAUGACGCUGUAUGAACAGUGUGUGUGUUGCAGCUGUGGAGCAUCAUCAGAUCCUCUGCCUUUUACAGAAUUUGUGCGGUACAUUUCUACAACAGCCCUAUGCAACGAGGUAGAAAGAAUGAUGGAAAGGCAUGAACGUUUUAAGCCUGAAAUGUUUGCAGAAUUGCUGCAAGCAGCAAAUACAACUGAUGACUAUAGGAAAUGUCCUAGUAACUGUGGCCAAAAAAUAAAAAUUCGCCGUGUUUUAAUGAAUUGCCCAGAGAUUGUUACAAUUGGUUUAGUAUGGGAUUCUGAACAUUCUGACUUGACCGAAGAUGUUGUUCGGAAUCUAGCAACACAUCUUUAUCUUCCUGGGCUUUUUUAUAGAGUUACUGAUGAAAAUGCCAAAAAUAGUGAACUUCAUCUAGUUGGUAUGAUCUGCUACACCAGCCGACAUUAUUGUGCCUUUGCUCUUCAUACCAAGAGUUCCAAAUGGGUAUUUUUUGAUGAUGCAAAUGUGAAAGAGGUUGGGACUAGAUGGAAGGAUGUGGUCUCCAAAUGUAUCCGAUGUCAUUUCCAGCCAUUGCUUUUGUUUUAUGCAAACCCCGAUGGCACAGCAGUUUCUACGGAAGAUGCACUUAGGCAGGUCAUCAACUGGUCACAUUAUAAAUCCGUUGCAGGAAAUAUGGGAUGUGAAAAGUCCUCAAUUUAUAAGUCAGAUAAUUCAAAAGAAAAUGGAUUUGGUGAUCAGGCGAAACAGAGAGAAAAUCAGAAACUUCAAACAGAUAAUAUUUCAUCAUUUAGCCGGAGCCAUAUUCAAACAAGUGGUGGUAGAGGACCAGUUAAGUUAAGUCACAGUGAUCAAAGGGAAAAAAUAAAAGACAUUUCCAGAGAAUGUGCUUUAAAAGCCAUUGAACAGAGGAACAUACUUUCCUCACAAAGGAAAGAUUUGGAGAGGGAACAAAGAAAAGAUUUGGGCCGACACAGAGAUUUGGUUGAUGAAGACCUUCCACAUUUCAAGUCUGGAUCACCUCCUGCCCCAAAUGGCUUUAGACAAUAUGGAAACCCACAUCUCUAUCAUAGUCAAGGAAGAGGACCAUGUAAACAUGACCGAGUUGCCCAUCAGAGUCGAGCUUCUGCACAAACACUGGGUUCAAGUAAAUCCCAGAUUCUUGCCCCAGGAGUGAAAGUAACUGGCAAAGUUAAGAGUGACAGUGGCACUGGAUAUGAUACAGACAGCAGCCAAGAUUCUAGGGAUAAAGGAAGCAGCUAUAGUGGCAGCAGUAAAAGCCGGGCCCGAGGUUGGAAACCUAUGAGAGAAACAUUAAAUGUUGAUAGUAUUUUUAAUGAAAGUGAAAAAAGGCAGCAUAGUCCAAGACAUAAACCAAGUAUCAGUAACAAACCUAAAUGUAGCAAAGAUCAGACCUUUAACAAUUGGCCAAAAGAGAACCUAAAGCAAAAAUGUUUAAUGACCAUAUAUGAAGAUGAAAUGAAGCAGGAAAUAGGAAGCAGGAGUUCCCUUGAAUCUAAUGGAAAAGGAGCAGAGAAAAAUAAAGGCCUCAAAGAGACUAAAGUUCAUGGUGACAAUUGGCAGAUGCAAAGAACUGAGUCUGGAUAUGAAAGUAGUGAUCACGUCAGUAAUGGAUCUGCUAAUUUGGAUUCACCUGUUAUCGAUGGAAAUGGCACAGUAACAGAUAUCAGUGGUGUUAAAGAAACAGUAUCCAGCAGUGACCAGGUGAAGACAAACAACCUAAAUAUAGAAUGUGUCAGCUCUUCCUCCCAACAGAACAAAAACUACUUUGAAGCCUCAGCCUUUAAAAAAGAACUCAAGAAUUUGGAAGUAGGCUGUAAUUCGCAUGAGUUCCACCCAGAGUCACAUCUACAAAUAAAAAAUCCUUUGAUAAAAAGGUCACAUAUACAUGAAAACAAUGGAAAGUUAUUCCUUUCUUCAGGUACACAGAUACUCCAGGACAAUGCAGCAAGAGAGCAUAUCCACCAGUCAGGUGAACAGAAACUUGAAACCUCAAGUGAAUGCAAACUUUCUGAGUGGCUUAGUGCAGAAAAUUCUGAAAGAACAGGUUUACUUUCUCAUGAUGAUAAUUCUGCUCCUGGAAAGAGAAUGAACAGUAAUGAAGUAGUCUCAUCAUCUUCAUUGUGGUCUUCACACAUGAGAACUGUUGGGUUAAAGCCAGAAACUUCUCCCCUCAUCCAGCAGCAAACUAUGAUGGAACAAUGUUGUUCUGAGAACUCUCUGUCCAGGGAGCAUAUAAUUCAGUCAACCUACAGGUCUGAUGAUUGUCAGAUGUCAAAAUUUGUUAGCCAUAAUCCACCGCCUCCUUUGCCACCAAAGAAAUAUGCUAUAACCAGUGUGCUACAGUCAGAGAAAAAUAAUCCCACACCUAAUGUCAAACUUACAGAGAUGUUUAAAGCUAAUUCUUGUAGUCUUCCAAAACACAGUUUAUGUUUGGAUUCAGAAUCAGGUUCAGAAAUGGGUACAUAUGUGCGUGAUGAAAGACUUAAGGAAACAUUUCAAGUAAAAGAGGCUGUUGGCAACACAGCAAACCACCUAUCAAGCUUUUCAACUAAAGAUUUUCAGGCAGAUUUGGGUACAACUGUUGAUGCAUUUUGCCAACCAGAAAUAGACUCUAGUUCUGCCUGUCCAAAUGAGACCAUUUCAUUAACUACCUAUUUUUCAGUUGAUAGCUGCAUGACUGAUACAUACAGACUGAAAUACCACCAGAGACCCAAGCUCCAUGUUCCAGAGAGCAGUAGCUUUUGUAAUGAUAAUGCACUAUCUCAGAGUGAAAGAAGGCUAGUACCUGAGUUACACAACAGUCUUGGUUCAAACUGCCCUUCUGAGCAGAGGUAUAAACCUAGUAUACACUGUAAUAGAUAAGUGAUGAAACUGGUAAGCUUAUACUUCUCAGACGCCACAAAAAUAUAAUAGGAAUCGACUGACCAAACCUGGUGAUAUAUGAAACUAAAACCAUGGCAUUUCUAAAGUUAUUAAUCACAUUAAUUUUCUAUAUAUAUAUUUCAUUUGUGUUGAUCAACUUAUUGGGUAUUUUAGAAAUUCCCUUUGAACAGUUUUGGUGUGCCUGCAAAACAGAAAAUAGAGGGUAUGCAAAAAGUCACUGCUGCAGUUAAAUAAAAAUGUGAUUUGUUCCUUUGUAUGUGGCUGGUAGACCCGUAAGUAUUAAACUAACCAGUACUCACAUGUAUAGAUGGGUAAGCUAUGCUAACUGAAAAAUACCAGGUGAUACAUAGUUUGUGUAGUCAAAGCAGUAUUUGCUUUAUGAAGAAGCACUUUCUAAUGGGUAACCAACCAAAAGAGGGCUUCACCCAUUUGUUUCUGACUUCUGUGAUAGUCUACUACCUAUGAUCCCUUUAAGUGUCUUAAAAAAUAUCAACCCAUGAUAUGGUUAUCAUAUGGAUUAGAAGCAUAUAUUCAUAUGGCAUCAUAUGAAAUGAUAGCAUUUGGAAGGGGGAAGCCUUAAUGAUAAAGCAAGUUUUUUUAACUAAAUUCUUAAGGUCAGAAGAGAAGAAACUUAAUUUUGCUUCUGGAACUUCAAUCUUC